GUUUGGAGCAAGUGUUUGGACUUUGGAGGAGUGUUCUCUAUACACACCGUGGCCUUGUGCACCGUGGUACUGUAGGAGGGGCAAAAGAGCUGCACAUUUCUGGUCCCGCGCACUGUGAUAAUCAGCUCACCUCUCCACCACCGGCCCCGCUGCCCCGAGCACGGGCCCCGCGCGGUCCGGACCGGAGCCGCCAGCCAUGGCCAACCCGGCCGACAAGGAUAACGUGCGCGUGGUGGUGCGCGUGCGGCCGCUGAACGACGCCGAGCUGGCGGCCGGCCACCGCAGCGCCGUGGAGGUGAACUCUCUGGCUGGCUCCGUGUCGCUGCGCAGCCCCAGCGCCGCCGCCACCGAGCCGCCCAAAACGUUCACCUUCGACCUGGCCUUUGGACCCGACUCCAAACAGUUUGACAUCUACAACCAGGUGGCGCGGCCGAUUGUCGAGAACGUCCUGGAGGGCUACAACGGCACCAUCUUCGCCUACGGCCAGACGGGUACCGGCAAAACCUUCACCAUGGAGGGCGUCAGGACUGUGGCCGAGAAAAAGGGCAUCAUACCCAACUCGUUCGCGCACAUUUUCGGCCACAUCGCCAAGUCGGCCGGGGACUCAAAAUUCCUGGUGCGCGUCUCCUACCUGGAGAUUUACAACGAGGAGGUCCGAGACCUGCUGGGAAAGUCGCAGUCGCAGCGACUCGAGGUCAAGGAGCGGCCAGACAUCGGCGUCUACGUCAAGGACCUCUCCGCCUUCGUGGUCAACAACGCCGACGACAUGGACAAGAUCAUGACGCUCGGAAACAAAAACAGAUCGGUGGGCGCCACCAAUAUGAACGAGCACAGCUCGCGCUCGCACGCCAUUUUCACCACUACCAUUGAGCGCAGCGAGCGCGGCCUGGACGGUCAGAAUCACGUGCGCGUCGGCAAACUGCACCUGGUCGACCUGGCAGGUUCUGAGCGACAGACCAAGACGGGCGCCACGGGCCAGCGACUGAAGGAGGCCACCAAAAUCAACCUGUCGCUCUCCACCCUGGGUAACGUCAUCUCGGCCCUGAUCGACGGCAAGAGCACCCACGUGCCGUACCGCAACUCCAAGCUGACGCGGCUGCUGCAGGACUCGCUCGGCGGCAACAGCAAGACCGUGAUGGUGGCCAACGCCGGCCCCGCCGACUACAACUACGACGAGACUCUGAGUACUCUACGGUACGCCAACCGAGCCAAGAGCAUUCAGAACAGCGCCAAGAUCAACGAGGACCCGAAGGACGCCCUGCUGCGCCAGUUCCAGAAGGAAAUCGAGGAGCUGCGCAGACGGCUGGAGGAGGAAGGCGACGGCCCGGGCGAGUCGGGCAGCGGCUCGGGCGAGGAGUCGGGCGGCGAGGUCGGCGCCGAGGAGGGCGGCGGCUCGCCGGGAGGACGGCGGCGCGGCGCCGGCCGGCCCCGCCGUCUCACCGAGGAGCAGAUGGCCGAGGUGCAGGCCCAGCUGGACGCCGACCGGCGACGGCUCCAGCAGGAGAAGGGCAUGGCAGAGGCGGAGCGCACCCGACUCCAGCAGCAGGUGGAACAGCAUGAGAAGGAGCUGGCGCAGGCGCAGCGGGCACACGACCAGCUGGCCGAGAAGCUGGCGCUGUUAGAGAAGAAGAUUAUCGUGGGCGGCGUGAACCUGCUGGAGCGCUCGGAGGAGCAGCAGCGACUCCUGGAGGAGUCGGCCCGCGAGCUGGAGCGGCGCCAGCAGAAGGAGCAGCAGCUCCAGCAGGCCCUGCAGAUGAAGGAGGCGGAGCGUCUGGACAUCGAGGAGCGCUACAGCAGCCUGCAGGAGGAGGCCGUCGGUAAGACCAAGAAGCUGCGCAAGGUGUGGCAGAUGCUGCUGGAGGCGCGCUGCGAGCUCGAUGACCUGCGGGCCGAGCAGCAGCGGGAGAAGGAGGGCCUGCUGGAGAACGUGCGGCAGUUGACGUCGGACCUGCGGCUGCAGCAGCUGCUCAUCGACCAGGUGAUACCCGCCGAGUACCAGGCCAUGGUGGAGCAGUACGCCACGUGGAACGAUGAGAUCGGCGAGUGGCAGCUGCGCUGUGUGGCCUACACGGGCAACAACAUGCGUCGCAGCAGUGACACCGGAGACCAGGACCGGCCCGCGCAGCCGGCGGUGGACCUGUCGCACGUGUACCUGACGUACGCAUCAGACGGCCCCGGUGUCUCGGUACGACCCAAGUCGGCCAAACACAGACACGCCAGGGCCAGGAGCGCCGCAGUCAGCGCGCCCAAAGUGGUCAAACAGCGAGUGUGAUCUGGCCGCGGCAGCUGCACAAUGAUCUCAUCAGGAUGAAGCGGGCGCCGGCGCCGACCCUGCCCUCCAGUCCCGGGGGCGGCCGCCGGACCUGCCCCGCUGCUGUGAUACCCCUAACUCGACUGUCUCCGCCGGAGCUCGCGUCACUCUAGUCUGCCAUCUGUGCAGGAUCUGUAGCCUAGUCCGCCCGGGUUAUUUAUUCACUGUGACAAUGUGCAAUGUCUGUGACGA